GAGAAGGGGAGAGAGAAGCAGCCAGCGUCAUUGAGAGACAGGAGUCCGAGUGAGUGAGCGUGUCACCGAGAAGAAAGAGCCGUAAACAUUCUAGCCCGGAGGCUGAAGGGGGGAGGGAUUGCCCUGACUUUGUGCCAUUUUCAAACUUUUUUUUCUGUGUUGCACUUGGAGCUGUACUCCGUCUUUCCCUGUGUUCAUAUAGGUACAGGCAGGGGCUAUGCAAAGUGAGAGAAGGCAGAGGCAGGGGUAGGGGUGUAAUAAGCGAGGGAGGGAGAGCGGCCAACUACCCUGAAGCAAAGGAACCAUGCAAGUGGAUGCUGUCGUCUGUGGACUCAGGUUACACAAAAUGAGAAACUACUCCAGGAGCACUUCAUCAGGGCUCACCCAGCUCACAAAGGAUGCCAGCUGCUAGCACCAUGACCGGUGGAAGGGCCCUGCUGCUCUGUACGAACACUGACAACUGUAUCUAUCAAUCUGUCAACGGGCUCCAGUGCUGCGGCUUGAAGGUUGUGGAGGCUCCGCCGUCAGUGGUGCCCCAGACCCAAGAGGUGUGUGGGUCACCAGGGGACAGGAGAGACACCGCUGUGUCCACCAAGCGUCCCCUUGCCCCCCUACUCAGCCUGAGCGACAGCCUGGGUCCCCCUGAUACCAUGCUGGCUCCAAGGAGAGCCCCCACCUCAGACACACGGACCCACAACAUGGAGAAUGGACUCUGUGACAAACUCAACCACACUAAGAGCCCAGCAGGAGUAAAGACUGCCAGCAUCCGGGAUAAGAUCUCACAAUGGGAGGGCAAAAAGGAGUCUGGCCCACUCACCUCUACAGGGACAUGUCCACUCAGCACAACACAAAAGGAAGUUGAGACAGUGAGGAAAAAGGAAUCCAAACUUUCAGAGGUCCAAAGGACCGACAGCAGGCGGUUUGUCAGCUGGGACAGACAAGACUCAGGGAAGGAGAACGCCGGGAAGCUGGGGGAUUUAAGACCCAAAUCUCCAGAAACCCCCGCAAAUAAAGACAAAGAUGUGAUCACAGAGAAAGGCUGCUGGCCCUCAAAGCCAGUAGAACAGCCCCAAGAGAAGAGGACUGUUCUAACCCAUGUUAAGAAACUGGAGAGGGUGACGAAAGAAGACCCUGACAGACCCUCGCUGGCAUUUCCAGGGAACUACUUCUGCCCUCCUUCCAAGGAGGAGCUGGAGGAGACGGAAAAGAAAUCCCUAGAACCCAUUUUUGGGACUUUUGACGUUAGUCGGCCUGGUGGGUUGCGGAGGAGGAGGGAAGGGGAUCCAGAGAAUGUGUACAGCGAGCCAGGUGCUCCGUCUAUAAACCCUGUACCGAAACCUCAAAGAACCUUCCAGCACCACACACCGCCUGCUACCCCAGCAUCGGGGGCCCUUCUGGUGAAGGGGAGGAGGAACCUGCCCCCUCUGCCCUCCAUUCCGCCUCCACCUUUGCCCACAUGCCCACCACCCGGAGUCUGCAGGAGACCCUGGGCCGAGAGGUCCCGGGACAGCAGCAACAGGAAGUCGUAUGAAUUUGAGGAUCUGCUCCAGUCCUCUACGGAAGGCUGCAGGGUGGACUGGUACGCUCAGUCCAGGUUGGGCCUAACACGCACUUUAUCAGAAGAGAAUGUCUACGAGGACAUAGUAGAUCCUCCAUCCAAGGAGAACCCUUAUGAAGACAUAGAGCCGGAGAGAAGCUGUCUUGGAAGCAAAUAUGUCUCACCAGCUUCUGCGUCUCCCGUCCCCGACACGCCAACUAAGCUCUCUUCCAAGCCUGCCUUCUUUCGACAAAACUCAGAGCGGCGAAGCUUUAAGCUCCUGGAGCUGCGCAAGAACACCAGGGACGCUGGCAUCCCGUCGCCCUCCCGCGUCAGCCCCCCCUCCACGCCCAGCAGCCCUGACGACACCCCCUGUCUCUCUGGAGACCCGGCCAAUCGCAGACGGAGGAAAAUCCCAAAGAUGGUGCUGAAAAUCAACGGCAUCUUCGAGGCGCGGAGAGGAAAGAAGCGCAUGAAGAGGGUCUCCCAGUCUACCGAGUCCAACUCAGGAAGAGUAACAGAUGAAAACAGUGAGUCUGAAAGUGACACUGAGGAAAAACUAAAAGCUCACAGUCAGCGCCUGGUGCUGGUCCAGUCCAUGCUGAGGCAGACGGGCCGGUACCGCACGCUGGAGCGGGAUCUGAUGGAACUGCAGGAGAGGAAGCUCUUUGAGUAUUUCAUAGUCGUCGCGCUUCACAAGACCAAGGCUGGGGUGCCGUACCUCCCAGAGGUCACGCAGCAGUUUCCUCUCAAGCUGGAGCGGAGCUUCAAGUUCAUGCGGGAGGCAGAGGACCAGCUGAAGGUCAUCCCUCAGUUCUGCUUUCCUGACGCCAAAGACUGGGCGCCAGUCGACAGCUUCCCCAGUGAGACUUUUUCCUUCGUGCUGACCGGUGAAGAUGGAAGCAGGCGCUUCGGCUACUGCCGGCGGCUGCUGCCCAGCGGUAAAGGCCGACGGCUCCCUGAGGUUUACUGCAUCGUCAGUCGCCUGGGCUGCUUCGACCUCUUCUCCAAGAUCCUGGAUGAGGUGGAGAAGAGGAGGGCGAUCUCACCUGCCCUGGUGCAGCCUUUUAUGAGGGGCAUCAUGGAAGCUCCCUUCCCUGCUCCAGGAAGGACUAUUACGGUCAAAAACUUCCUACCUGGGUCGGGGACGGAGGUGAUAGAGCUGUGCAGGCCGUCCGACUCCCGUCUGGAGCACGUGGACUUCGAGUGUCUCUUCUCGUCUCUGAGUCUGCGUCUCCUCCUGAGAGUCUUUGCCUCUCUCCUCCUGGAGCGCAGGGUCAUCUUCACCGCCGACAAACUCAGCACUCUGUCUCAGUGCUGUCACGCGGUGGUGGCUCUCCUCUACCCCUUCACCUGGCAGCACACCUACAUCCCUGUGCUCCCUCCCUCCAUGUUGGACAUCGUGUGCACCCCCACCCCCUUCAUAGUGGGCCUGCUGUCCGGCUCGCUGCCUCGUCUGAAGGAGCUGCCCAUAGAGGAGGUUCUAGUUGUUGACCUGGGCAACAGCCGCUUCUUACGCCAGCUGGAUGACGAGGACUCUAUUCUUCCUCACAAGCUCCAAGCUGCUCUUGAGCAUGUGCUGGACAAGAGAAGGGAACUUGCUUCUGAGAAAGGAGAUUUGCCCAAUGACUCCUGCUCCCUGAGCACAGUGGUUUCCGAGGCCUUUGUGCGUUUCUUCGUGGAGAUGGUGGGCCAUUAUUCCCUCUUCAUGGGUGGAACCGACAGGGAGGAUGAGUCCGUCUCCUCUCCUACUCUGCCCAACCCUUCCUCUUCCCCGGUAUCAUCGUUUCAGCGCGAGGCCUUUCGCAAAGCAGUCACUUCCAAGAGCUUGAGAAGGUUCCUGGAGGUUUUCAUGGAGACCCAGAUGUUCACUGGUUUCGUCCAGGAGAGGGAGCUGCGCAGGCAGGGCCUCCGAGGUCUGUUUGAGGUGAGAGCACAAGAAUAUCUGGACUCGCUGCCUGGGAGUGAACAACGAGGAGUCAACAAGUUCCUCAAGGGCCUGGGAAACAAGAUGAAAUUCCUCUCCAAGAAAUGAUGUCAUCUGAGGAAGUAGGAAGAGAAAUUACGAAGAGAUGUGCAGUAAAGGAGAAGAAGGAGACACACGUGGACAUGGAAAUACAUCUGUCACCACAAAGGCAGACUUGAUGUGAGCUGGACCUAGUUUAUAGGAUAAAAACUUGAGAAAGUCAUUCCACAAGUGAGGGCUUCUCAUCUUGGACCACAACUCUUCCACCGAUGAGGAAACGUACAGUGUAUUAUUGUUUACCACAGCUGUAAACCUGCGAGGAGGCGCGUCACCGAAGAGGCAGUUCUGUAAAAUACCUUCUAAUACAUUCCAAGUAUUUUCUGUAGAAGCUCCAAUAAAUGCAGUAGUACAACUUCUUUGAGAACAGGAGGCUUCUAAGUUAAUUUAUAUUCUCAACAGACAAACGUUAUUUCUCCUUUUUAGAUUCAAAUCGGUGCGAAUAAAUCUCCUGUAGACUGUAAAAGGCUUUAUUUAACAGAGUCUAGUUCAGACGGCUUAAGGCCACUUUGGGCGCGUUGCUAUUUUGUUUGUACCACUUCUUUAGGCCACUUGUAUUUGAUAAGGAACAAGAAUGAGGAGGAUGUGAAGAUGAGAAGAUAAAUGUGAAUCCACCCUUCACCUGGCUUUUAGUACAGGAUGUGGGUUUAUUUGAUGUUGAUGAAUGAUGUGUUUAGUCCAAUCAGUGUCAAACAGUUUAAAAAAAACAUUAAAUGAAAAUACAAUAAAUCUUUAUUAGUAAUGUG